GCAGCUCGGAUCUGUUUUCUAUUAUUUCGUUUGUAAAUCUCAUUUCAUGUCUUCAGUUCAUCGGAACAUGAGGAACACGCAGACUCACCGGAGGAAGGAGGCGAGGAGCCCGGUACAGGGCCAGAGCAUGGGGUGAUGAGGACUCUCCUCUUCUGACUUCAAUGCAGGUGACCAGUGAUGGCCACAGCAUCACCUCAACAUUUGUUGGAUGACAUAAUAUACACGGGACAACACCAACAGGAACAGCAGCAGGAAUUCCUGAGCUCAUUGGAGACGAUCGUGCUCGCCAUCUUUCUCUCCAUCGUUAUCAUCAUGACGGUGUUUGGCAACCUGCUGGUCAUGGUGGCGCUCUGCAAGGACCGACAUCUACGGAGGAAGAAGACCAACUACUUCAUCGUGUCGCUGGCGUUCGCCGACUUGCUUGUGGCGUUGGUUGUGAUGCCCUUUGCUGCCAUUGAGUUGACCACCGGCGAGUGGCGGUACGGAGAGAUCUUCUGCCUCGUCCGAACGUCCCUGGACGUCUUGUUAACCACAGCAUCCAUCCUGCACCUGUGCUGCAUUGCACUGGACAGGUAUUACGCUAUCUGCUGCCAGCCACUGGUCUAUAGACACAAGAUGACGCCGGUGAGAGUGGCAGUAAUGCUCGGCCUCUGCUGGCUCAUCCCCACAUUUAUCUCAUUCUUACCCAUCAUGCAGAGCUGGAACGCCAUCGGCAUCGAGGAGAUUAUUGAGGAGAGGCAGGUCUUGACGGGCGGCUCCAACGACACCAGCUGUGUGUUCCUGGUCAACCAGCCCUACGCCCUGAUCUGCUCUGCGGUGGCCUUCUACGUCCCGUUGGCCCUCAUGGUUCUGGCCUACCAGCGGAUCUACGUCACGGCCAUGAGCCACGCACGACAGAUCGAGACGCUGCAGCGCGCCGGCUCGGCCCCCAUCACUGGGACGGCUUCGGUCAUCACCGUGAGGCCCUCCACUUCCUCGGAUCCCUCGGAGCACUGCCGUCUUCGGACAGCAACAGUGUCCUCCUCUUUGGAGCAGGCUCCCAUAGCGAACAGCCGCAUGCGCGUUGAGACCAAGGCGGCAAAGACCCUGGCAAUUAUAAUGGGCUGUUUCUGUCUAUGCUGGGCGCCGUUCUUCAUCACCAACGUGGUGGACCCCUUCAUUCAUUACUCAGUGCCCUGGCAGCUGUGGACAGCCUGGCUGUGGCUCGGGUACAUCAACUCAGGAUUGAACCCGUUCCUGUACGCCUUCCUGAACCGGGCGUUUCGGAGGGCGUUCCUGGUGAUCCUCUGCUGCGGGGACGAGCGGUACUCACGGCAGGGAAGCUACUCCUACCGACAAACCCGUAGACCGUGCACGCCCACGUCGGUCAACGGCACAUCUAUGGCACUGAGAUUGUCCUUCCUGCCGAACCGGAGCUACAGUGACAACGGGCGGACGAUACUGGCGAACGAGCACGAGUCCCAGGACUCUGUUGGGGGACAAUGAGGACGAGUGGACGAUGAAGGAGCUGUGUUAUAAUCAGCCGAUGAGGAUCCUCUGCUGUGAUGCAUGUAUGGUGAUGUCGUCCGGGGGAAAUUCAAGGGUCAGUGGCACAAGUGUUGAAGAUCGGACUCUCCAGAUCGGACUCCCCAGAGGAGACGAGUGAAGUACACUGGUGCAGGAGUAUUGAUUCUAGAAAGCUUGUGUUCAUGGACUGAAACACACAUCUGUUCUCAAUCAAACAUCUGGAUCAUAGGAUGUAAAGCUCAAGUCACGGGUCCAGGAACUACAGAACAUUAUGAGCUCCGACGAACAAGACGGGAGAAUCUACCACAGCUCAACCCAGAGAGCAACUGGUGCCGGUUCACACCAAUGACAGCAACUGUUUUUACGGCAUUCAUACAUUUUUACCAGCAACACUCGUCUUCACCGGGACUCUUCAACACUCCAGCGGCUGGAUGCAUCAUCAAAAAUGAACAUUCCUAUUUGUAUCCAACAGAUACAUGGAAAAGUUGCUUUAUUAUAAAAUCGUUUAACUGUGAUGAAACACUUUCCACGGCACAAAGUAACGUUGCACUUACUGUGAGUUGAAAGUUUUAAAGUGUGUUGUGUCUCUGGUCACGUCCUCCUGUGCAAACAUGGACAUUUUUACAAAACUAGUCUGAACAUCAUCUUCAUCCUGAAGGAAGCAACGAUGACGUGUGAAGAUUUGCUCUGUUAAGUUAAGAGUUUGUUACAAAGCACUGAACGUACAGUCGAGCAGAAUCUGAAAGAAUUCUGAAAUGAGCAGCGUCUUCAAAUGCAGAUGUUGUAUGAAGCGCAUGAAAAAAUGUAAAGUUCUAUGAUCCAGUAGGAAGUUGUAUGUGAGAGCUCGGUACCUGCAGGUCGAAUGGUUCCUGCUCUUGUUGGUCCGACACGUGGAAACUGAACUGCAAAUGGAAACAACCAAGACAAGGUUCUACAGAAGAGUUUACAGUUUGAUUUAAUCAGAGCAUCGAGCCUAAAGCCCCAGAAAACUGUAUUGUAAUUCAUAUUUUACAUUUAUUCUUAAGCAUUGAAAUAAAGCUAUUUAUUUAACUUAUUUAUUUAGAGUUUUUAACAUUCAAAUACUGGUCAGCUUCAUCGG